AUACACAUGGAACACAAUUCUCACAUUUACUAACGCAUACAAUAAAUAACAGAUUGCUUUGACCUCCCCACUUUCAAACGGCCUGAUCCUGGAUUCGGAAGAGAGAGAAAAAAUUGUGUAUUUGUGGUCUGCGCUCCGAGUCACUCAACGUCCUGUGUCACUGUCCACCACAACACCAGUGAGACUUCAUGGCAUUCCUGCUAUCAGAACGUCCAAAUUCUCUUUGGGUUUUAUCUCCACCCCACUCAUUUGGCCUUUGAGGAAGAAGCAGGAGUCCCCUACCACUACCACCCAGGCGCAAGAACAGCCAUUUGCACGUGUAACUAAACCACCUGCCCCACAAACAGUGAGCCUUUUAGGCACAUCUCUAAGAUCAGAAACAUCAGCAGAUAUCAGUAAACUGAAACAGACUAAUCCUCAGGUGGAUCUAUCAUUGCAACAGGCAGAUGUCCAGAACAAAAGCACAAACAUUGAGUCUUUCCAAGUACUGUCUCUCAACAACCGUAAAAACAAACCACUAGGCCAACCGAUGGUAUUGAAUGUUGAUCGAGAAAACAGGACUUUGACUGAGGCACUGGAUUAUGCAUCUGGAAUUGAACCAUUUUUCAACUCUGAUAUUGGAGUCAAUCCUUUUGGCCUUUAUGAUCUUGACUCAAUCUAUUCUCACGUGGAAACCAUGAAUUCCGAUCACCUGGAUGCUACCAUCUACAAUGAUGUGUUAAUACUCAGCAACCCAACGACUCCUCCUUCUAAUGUGGACAAACUCUUUCAUAGUCAAUAUGCCAUACUUCCCUGGGGUGUGACUGAAGCUACGGUACUUCAAACUACAAUGUGGAGCAGGUGGUCCAUUCCAAUCAAUUCAGUACAGACUUUGCUUUCAAGAGGAGCACUUAUGGAGAUGUAUGAACCAAGCGCCAACAGCAGGCAAAAAACUGACAACUCUAUCUCAAGUGAAAUUAUACUGCACAAUUACAAGACAGACUUCCAUCUAAUGAGCACACAGUCCUGGCAUACACCAUUGUCUUCAGUAGGAGUCCUCCAUGAACACUCCAAAGGCAUAUUGACUCCUACACCAGUAUUAAGUUUACUGCCUACCAACCAUAAAACAUCUCCAAAAAAUAAAACUUUACAGCUAUUAGCUUUCAAUUCUUCAACACAAAGUAAUGGGGCUUUCAGCAUGGCAAAACCAUUGUUUUUGUCCCUACCAAGUCUUAUCAUUACAGAGAAAACGAUUCAACCUCUUACUGAUACUGUUCAUGAAAAUAUGUCUCUCAACCUAUCACAGAAUAGGGAACCAUUAGAGGCUAGUUUGACACACUCUAUUUACUUCCAACAUGACUUGUUAACAACUGAUGAUAUAGUUCCUGCUCAGUUAUAUUUGGAACAUCUCACUGCAAUAGCUACUGCCAUGACUCCUGACUCUCCUAGAACAUCAAACAUGUUUCCCUCCAAGAGUGUCAGUGAUUCCAUUUUACCUUCAUUGAGAAGUCAUUUUAACUCUAUUCUCAGUGAUUAUUUGGAAGACACACAACCUAAAAUCCCUUUUGGCGAAUUAAGCUCUAACUGGCCCAUGAGAACUGGUGUGAUAAUGCCAGACUCAACACGGAAGUCCCAAAUAGAUAUACCUCAUACUUCAAAUCUGUCACAGAUUUACGGAAGCCGUUUUACAGAAACUCCAAUGUUUGGGAGUAAAGGCCAUAAGCAUUAUGCAAACACAAACAAUGUGUCAAUGAUGACAAGCUUUCAUAUGUCAUUUAACACAGUGUUGAUAUCAGGUAGGAUGACAUUGGAUGUUUUGCCCACAAUUUUAUUAUCACCUCAAACAGGACUCACACAGAGUCAUUCAGGUUUAGAGUGGUCCUUAACAAGUUCUGUCUCUUCUACUGAUAUCGUCAGUCACAAACUCUCUUAUAUUCUUCUCAAACCAUCUAAACCUCAGCAUGGACAUUUAGAACUAUUUAACCCCAUAGAUACAUCCAUUGAUCUUCCGAUUGAGACAUUGUCAACAGAUAAUGACCUUUCUCAACUACAGAUGAGCCCCAGUCAUCUGAUAGAGCAUAGUACAUUUUAUUCUCAGGGAAAAUGGUAUGAGUGGGGUUUCAGUACAUUACACUUGCCAUUCUCUACCAAUUCAUUGCCAGUCCACUCUGCCAGUAUGAAUCCUUUCCCCAAAUACACUGUUAUGGAUGCAGCCCACUCUUCAACUGACACUUCUCCAAGGGUUAUUAGCACAGUAAUGGAGAAAGCCCAGUCAGCUGGAUCUGUCUCCUUUCCACACACUGAAAUAACAGUUUCUUCCCUGCAGAGCCACAUUACUCCUGGAAGUCAAUCAGCAGUAAAGGCCCCAUCGAUAGCAAAAAACAACACUUUCCCGUCUAACACCAAGCCUACAACAUUUGUAAAUUCAGGGUUAUCUAGCAGCGGGACACAGUACAGAGAAGAUGGACAUAAUGAUCAUCCACUUUCAACAGAUGAUAAGUUAGCAAGCCAAAUAGGACAUGGCAACAAAGAGGCUGCUGUCCAAGUUUCAACCACACUCUUUCCUCUGACUGGUGACAAUCAUUCAUUAGUCCACACACCAAUGUCAUUUUCCGCACUACCUGAUAGAGUUACUGCUCUGGACAGCACUGUGCCUUUUAGCACCACCCCAUGGAGCUUUCCAGUCUUGACUGAACUUGCAUCCUGUCCAUGUAAAACACACUCUCAUGUUGUGUGUCUGUGUGGACGUGCAGCCGGGAACAAGGUAUUCUACAGAGUUGAACUUGUUUUCCCUCAACAGAAUGAGCCUGAUGUGACUGAACUCACAGAAUUGCUCAAGUCAACUUCCCACUACUGGAUAUAUCCAAAACAUGUGAAGUGUGACAGGGACAACAAAUGCCAGGCCAUUUUGGUUCACAAUAUGACCAUGAAUUCAAGUGCCAUAAUGGCAGAUAUAAAGGAUAGGCUGAGGUCCUCAACGAUGGAUGAAAAUGGAUCAGUGGUAGUAACGUUGGAAACUGUUGAAAACUGUCCUGAAGAGAAAGAUCUCAGCGAUGACCGUUACAAGUGGCUUGAGAGCAGACCCAUGGUGACCGUACAUAUUCCCUGUUUGCAUUUUAAGGACCAAUAUGCCUCCAGAACCUGUUUCAUUGAUUCACGAGAUUUCAAAUCAAAAUGGAAUGAUUCAGAUGCCGCCAACUGCCCAAGCAUAAAGGACAUUGAGGUUUCUGAAGAGACUGCUGCAGACGUGGCUGUGCAGUUGGCAGACAUCAGUAACAGUGAGCUGUCAAAGGAGGAGGUGUCCACGGUAGUUACAAAAGUAAAGGAGCUGGUUAAUGUAGCCCGAAUCAAUAAAACUCUGGCCGAAGCCGUGGUAAACAUCAUCUCCAAUGUGAUGACCAGCUCCAGCACAGCACAAGCAGCUGCCUCUGAAAUUGCUUUGAGAGCUGUGGAUAACCUGGUUCAGAAGAUUGAAUUUGAAGGCCCAAUCUUCAGAACCUCCUCUAAGAACCUGGCUGUGGGUAUAUCCGCUGUUAAUGCCAGUGAGUUCAAUGGGACCACCUUCAGCGCUAUUAUCCCUCCCAAUACUACAGAACCCGAGAUUAAAUUUCUGGCAGAAUCUGAGAAUCCUCUGGCCGUAGUUACACUGCCAGCAACGUUACUGCUUAACUUAACUAAUGCAAAUAUAGAGGCUAUUUCCAGAAUAAACUUUGUUUUCUUCAGCAAGACUGGUCUAUUUCAGGAUGACAUAAGAAAUGGCUUAUCUUUGAACAGUUAUGUAGUUGCCAGCAGUGUGGGCAACUUCUCGAUCAGAAACCUCAAGGAUCCUGUGCGAAUAGAGAUUGCUCAUCUGCUGCACAAGCCAGAUCCAAAGCGAAGCUGUGUAUUUUGGGAUUUUACCAUCAAAAAUGGAAUUGGUGGCUGGAACAGCGAGGGUUGCCUAGUCAGUCCUGAUUCAAGUGACAACAGGACUGUGUGUCUGUGUAAUCAUCUGACUCACUUCGGGAUUUUAAUGGAUAUAUCAGGCACUGCAGCACAAAUUGAUUACCAGAACACAAGGGUUCUCACUUUUAUCACUUACAUUGGAUGUGGUGUGUCUGCUAUCUUCUCAGCAGCCACUCUUCUCACUUAUAUUACCUUUGAAAAGCUGCGCAGAGACCACCCAGCAAAGAUCCUUAUGAACCUCAGUACCUCACUGUUGUUCCUUAACAUGGUCUUUCUUCUUGAUGGUUGGCUGGCAUCAUUUGGCAUGGAAGGCCUGUGUAUUGCUGUGGCUGUCUUUAUGCACUUCUUCCUGCUAACCUCUUUUACUUGGAUGGGACUGGAGUCAAUACACAUGUACAUGGCGCUGGUCAAGGUGUUCAACACCUACAUAAGAAGAUACAUUCUGAAAUUCUGCCUAGUUGGAUGGGGACUUCCGGCUGCCAUUGUUUGCAUUGUAGUAGCAGUUGACAAACACUCUUAUGGGCUGGAAUAUUAUGGAAAGGGUGACAUCGGACAAGAAUCAUCAAAGUUCUGCUGGAUCAGAAGCAACACAGUGUUCUAUGUAACAUGUGUGGGUUACUUCUCCAUUAUCUUCCUCAUGAAUGUGGCCAUGUUCAUCGUUGUGAUGAUCCAGAUCUGUGGUCGCAAUGGUAAGCGUAGCAAUCGUACCUUGAGAGAGGAGAUCUUACGUAACCUGCGUAGUGUGGUCAGCUUGACCUUCCUCCUUGGUAUGACAUGGGGCUUUGCCUUCUUUGCCUGGGGCCCUGUCAACUUGGCCUUCAUGUACCUGUUCUCCAUCUUCAACUCACUUCAAGGACUGUUCAUAUUUGUCUUCCACUGUGCUUUGAAAGAGAAUGUGCAAAAGCAGUGGAGGAGAUAUUUAUGUUGUGGACAACUACGUCUAGCUGACAACUCAGACUGGAGCAAGACUGCUACUAACAACACCAAAAAAGUUAGCUCAGACAAUCUGGGGAAGUCCCUGUCCUCCAGCUCUUUCAGCUCAAGUACAGCUAACUGGACAUCGAAAGCAAAAGCCUCUUUAAAUCCUUUUGCUAACUAUAACAACAGUUCAGACAAAAUUUCCUCCAGCCCUAUCAACUUCAAAUGUUGCCCUUCUGAUGGCGAGGCCUCUAUCAUUCCAGUGCACCAUGUGAUUGAUAAGAUGAAAGGAUACUGUUCAGUGCGUUCAGAACACUUCUACAAGAACUUCAUCAUGUCUGACAACUUCAACCACAACACCAAGUUCUAGAAUUGAACCUCUGCAAUGGAUGACAAUGGAUUGUCAUAAUUUCUUUGUCCCUAAUUAAAAGAGCAGAAAAACCUCUAUGAACAAUGCAAAAAAUAUAUUUUCUAGACAACUCCCAAUAAGAGACGUGGGUGUACAGUAUAUAUGCACGAUGAAGUGAUGGGAUUUUAAUUACCAACAGUGCAUGUUUUUGCAAAAAAAAAAAUUGUGAUUUGUGUAAGCUUGCCAUUUUAUAGUUGUUGUAAUGUUAUCUUAGAGGACAUCUUUUCAUGAUAAUCCUUUUAUUGUGCCAUACAAUCUCUCCUUUUCCACUGUGAUCAUAUGACAAGCUACUGAUGAAAUAUAGUUAACAGAUCUAAUGUAACAUAUUUAGUCACUACUGGCCAUAGUAGAAGGAAAAUGUAGCUGCUGGUAUAUGACAUAAGCUAUUUAUUUAGGUAGUACAUUUUAUGUUGUUUUUUGAAACAUUGUUAAGAUAGGACAACCUAUUUAUUUCGUUGGUGGCUGGCUACAUGAAGUCAGAAAUUGUUUGAACAUAUAUGUUUACGAUCACAAAAGAGGUUUUAAAGGGAAACCAUUACGUAUGAUGUUUUUAAUUCUUCAAUUUGUUCAUUGGACACUUAGUCAUGAAUAAUUAAACAUUAUUACAGUUAUUACAAGUUGUGGACUAAAUUCAAUUAAACACUAAUGAGGAAAAUG